AUGACUCUAGAAACAAGUGCAGAACCCCUGGGGCCUCCCCCAAAACUUACACAAUGGAGCAGAUACGUUUACUGUCCGCCUCUGUUUUUUGCAAAUACCGAGCGCGCGGGGCAGCAGCAGCAGACGCAGCGGCACCGACAGCAACAGAAACGGCAGGAACAACAACAGCCGGAGGAACAGCAGCAACAGCAGAAACAGCAGCAGCAGCAAAAGCAACAGCAUCGGCGCACUACGAAGCGCCUUCCGCGACUUUCUAGAAUACGCAUUUCCCUUGGAGGGAGAAGUAGAAAACUUUCAGCUCCACGUUCAUCUGUACAAUUGAACAACCUCAAGACGCCCCGCGAAAUUAACCAGACAACGUACACGCCAGUUGCUGAGCCCUUACAAGCAAGAAAAACUCCCGGGUUUAUUGUGGGCCUUCAGGAGCUCCUGUGCAGCCCUCCCCAGCAGGAGCAGCAGUUGCUGCUCCAGCAACAGCUACAGCAACAACUACAGCGCCAGCGACAGCAGAGGCGGGAGAAGUUGCAAGAUAAACUCAACUCAAUACAGAGACAAAAGGCCCAUCAGACGCAACAGCUACAGGCUUUGGAGAAACGUUUUGCUGCUGCUGCGGCUGUAAGUGCUCAGCUGCAGCAGCAGGCGCCCACCGCAGCUGCUGCUGCAGCUGCUGCAGCAACAGCGGCAGCAGGGCUGCUGGAGCGAAUUAGAGCCAGCAAAAGUGCCACUAACAGCGACAAAGAAACUCAGGCGGAGGAGGAGCAGCAGCUUCUGCAGCAGCCAUACAACUUUCUUAGGUGGACACGACAAAGAUAUACCCCCGCGAGACGACGGCUUUGGGAUGAAAGCAGCAGCAGCAGCAGAAACGGCAGCAGAAGCAGCAACUCUGGUGACCAAUCAAGAAGUGGACGGUCCUACGUCGUAGAAAUGGGGGAAGCCUCAAACAUUGGCAGCAGCAGCCCUAGUGGAAACAACAACAACGAGGAGUUCUCACUACAGCAGUGGGCAUCGCUACAAAUGCGCUGGUGCCUUAGGAGAGAUUCAUCCUCAGGCAGUGAAUGCUGUUCGGGUGUCUGUACACCUGAGCCCACGCAAAGGGAGAAAAUCACGCAUGAUGAGGAGGGUUCGUUGCAUCAGCCAUCAAGACCAACGACAGCAACAACACCUGCAGUUGCAGGGGCAGGCACUUUUAGUGAUGCAGACACAAAAAUCGGCACUGCAUGUUGCGAGGCCGGCGGAAGCAGCACGAGCAGCAACAGGAGUUGCAACAGCAGCAGCGGCAGCACCAGCAGUGGCACCAAAAGGCCCACCAAAGACUGUGCCGUUCAGGUGUCUUUAGACUCCCUGGAAGGAUUCGGGCGCUCCUCAGGGGGCCUGGACGUUAAGAGUCCUUCCAACACCAGCCUUAGUGACCCGGAUGUGUCUGCUUUUCCCACUGCCGGUGCUUGCCCCUCUGCAGCUGUUGCUGCUGCUGAAGCAUUUACUGCUGCGGCAGCUGUUGCUGCUGCUGCGGAGUCAAUCGAUCCACGUAGGGCCAACAGAGACCAUACACUCUUCUCGCGCCGUGGUGCUUCAAAGUCGCUGCUCACGCGUAGAAGACCAGCAACUGAAACUUCAACGUUAACCCCGCAAGCAGCGGCAGCAGCAGAUCUGCAUGCAGGUGCCAUGCCGUUGUGGCAGGCAGAGGGAAAAACCGCACUAAACGAGGAAAUGGUUUCAAAUCAGUGGCUUCUGCCGCCUAGGCGCAGUGAUGAUGGUGAAAAAUUAGCUGAGUUUGGUAUACACCCCAAGCGUACAGGCUACGGACGGCUAUGGCGCUCUGUAGGCGAAGCAGAAGCAAGUGGACCUGCUGCUCCCGCAGCUAAAGGACCAAUGAGCCACCUGUUUCAAGGACAAGCGGUGGGCACACCCUCCACAACAUCCCUGUCUCCCAACAGCAGCAACAGCAACAGCAGCGAAACCACCGGUUACAACAACAGCGAGUUGCGUAUGCAUUCCGGGGCACUCAGAGGCAUUCCUUUGGCGCUUCUUCUAAGGGAAAAAUAUACAAAGUGGAAGCCAUCCAAAAGAACACACAAGCCCAAAGUCGCUAUGGAAGGCAAGGACCAGGCGCAGCUGCCGCUGCAGCAGCAGCUGCCACUGCUAUUGGGACGUGGGAUGUAUCACCAGACUCACGAUUUCCAUAGUGAAGCAGAGGAACUGAUGAAGAGCAGCAGCAUUGAAGAGGAAAAGGCAUUUCACGGUUUUCCGCUGCCGGGGUCUAUGGACAAAUUAAGAAGCAGCGGCAGGGUUAGGCCCAUGCGGCUUGAACACAGCUCGCUUGCCCGCGAGAGGGACAGACAGCAGCGCAGCAGCAGCAGCAGCAGCAGCAGCAAGAGGCUGACGAGAACGCAGAGGACACAAAGGAGGUCCAGGCAUAGAGCCAGCAGGUGCGAAGAACAAAUUUCAAGUCUAGACAAGGCUUCUUUGCUUGUCGACUCUGUCAGGGUCUCAUGGGAUCUACGGGAAACGGACGCAGACCACCUGACUUACAAACAGGCAAAGGGCAACGGCCGCAAAAGAGAUGGAGAACAGAAUGACGAGCCAGAUAGUUCAACGACCAGCAGCGCUGCAGCACGUGCAAACAUCAGCCCCCCUCCGACAAACUACAGUGCUGCAGCAGCAGCUGCGGCUCUUCAUACGGAUGCCAGCAGCACGAGAGGGGGCUGGAAAAACUGCAGCAGCUGCACUUUGGCAUGCCAAGGUGCAGCAGUUUCAGCAGGUGCAACAGGAACAGGAUUGGCUCUGCAUCCGGACGGAUCCUCUUGGGGGGCAUCUGCGCUGCAGUGCAGUCUCGCGUCCCUCGCCGCCAGCGCCUCUGCGUCGGAGAUGAAGGUGUCAUUGUACUACAGCGCCCAGUCCAUAGACUUCUCUAUGUGA